AUGACAGGCCUGAGCAACCAACCGUCUCCACUCCCCGCCGACCAUCUCGAGCGUGUCUACGCCGCCGUGCUCGGAAAAGUCAUCGGCGUCUAUCUCGGACGACCUUUCGAGGGAUGGCCUAGAGAGAAGAUUGAGGCCGAUCUUGGUCGCGUACGAUACUACGUUCAUUCGAAGACUGCAGCAGACUCGGGACGUUUCGAUGAGCUGGUCAUUACCGACGAUGACGUGUCUGCCACGUUCAUGGCUGUCCGAGCGCUGGAGGAACAUGGUGCGAAGGAGUUGACAGCGGAAGAGAUUGGAAAGACUUGGCUGAACAACGUCGUCGAAAAACGAUCAGUAUUCGCAUGGAGUGGGAAUGGUGUCACAACAGAACACACGGCCUUCGUGAAUCUGAAGAAAGGCAUACCCGCACCUGAGAGUGGCUCCAUUGCGAGGAACGGAAAGCACAUUGCAGAGUCCAUUGGUGGCCAAAUCUUCAUGGACGCCUUCGCAAUGUGUGCUCCAGGAAACCCAGAUCUGGCUGUCAAACUUGCAAAAGCGGCUGCUUCAGUCAGCCAUGACGGGGAAGGUGUCUAUGGUGCCAUGAUGUGGGGAGCGAUGGAAGCCGAAGCGGUCCUUUCCAAAGACGUCGACCAUCUCCUCGAUACAGGUUUGAGGUAUAUCCCUUCGGACUCAGUCGUAGCGGAAUCCACACAAGAGAUCCGAGAGUGGGCGAGAAAGGAUGAUGACUGGCUGGUGACCCGGCAGAGGAUCGAAGACAAGUAUGGUCCAGGCACGACCAACAAGCAUGGUGAUCCCAUGCCCUUCGUUGUUCCGAACCAUGACCUUAAGAUAUUAGCACUGGUGUAUGGCGGGCAUUCGUUCCACGAAGGUCUGUCGAUGUGCGUCUCUGCUGGCUGGGAUACGGACUCGAAUGGUGGCAACAUGGGUGCACUCCUUGGCAUCAUGUAUGGGCUCGAUGGCUUCAAUGACGGGCCCGAUUGGCGAGGACCCCUUGCAGACAGGAUGUUGAUAUCCACUGCCGACGGAGGAUACUCGAUGAACAAUUGCGCUCGGGUAGCAUUUGACCUCACAAACCAGGGCAGAAAGUUGGCUGGCGAGGUGCCUCUGAAAGCGCCGAAGGACGGUGCACAAUUCCAUUUCACCCUGCCUGGAAGCGUUCAGGGGUUCCGAGCGUUUCCUCCUUCUUUGACACCAGACCUCGUCCGAUUGCGACAAGGCUCUGGCGCCCACAGUCCAGCGUUGGCAAUCUCUCUGAGCGGCUUCACCGUGGCAAACGAGGACAUUGAGGUGCUGGCGGAUACCUUCAUGCCAAAGUACGAUUUGGAGCCGACGUACUACGAUCUGCAAGCCUCGCCUCUCAUACACCCAGGUCAGACGCUGACUGCACGCCUGAACGCCGCGAAAGACAUGCCGCUCAAAGAUGUGAAAGUGGCGUUCCGGCUCAAGUCAUACAGCGAAAGCGAUGCAUUGUUCACUUUGGACGGACCUCGAUGCGAUUUUGGCGACGACGGCGUCUGUAAACUGACCUUCACGAUUCCGGAUGCCUUCGACCGCCAACCUAUCAAGGAGAUGGGGAUUGUUCUCAGCAUAUUGGCUUCAAAGCCCAUCACCGGCACAGUCCGGCUAGACUACAUUCGUUGGACGGGUUCGCCCAAAAUGGUACUCGGGAAGCCAUCCAAAACCUCAUAUUUCCGCUGGAGCGCAACAGAGCCAUGGCGUCGGGCGUGGGUGAACAACAUGACGACGUUCCCAGAGUACAUGCCACUGUUCUUGGUCGCACAAGAUGUUGGCGAAGGCAGCCUGAUGUAUGGCUGUCGGGAUUGGUACAACUACAAGGCGACAGCCAAGCAUAUGGUCAACAAUAAACCGGGUCCCAAUGGUCUCGCAGCACGGGUCCAAGGGCUCAAUCGUUGGUAUGCUGUCAUGCUGAGACCUGGAGGCAUUGCCAUUGUGAAGGCAUUCGAUGAGAAGCGCAUAGACCUUGCGACCGCGGACUUCGAUUGGCGAGUAGUACUGCCAUAUGACCUGGGGCUGGAAGUCCAAGGAGAGAAGCUAAAGGGGUACGUGAAUGGCAAGCUUGUGCUGGAGGCGAGCGAUUCGCAGUACGAGAGUGGUGGCAUUGGCCUCACUGUAAAUGACGGCUCCAUCAUGGUGAAUGAGGUGGAAAUUGGGCCUGCUGGGGAAUAG